AUGUGGUUUCUUUUGGGGAUGGUGCUGACGCUGGUAGACAGCGCAGUGGCCCAAUGUAGUAAUAAUCCGACUCAGGUCAAUUAUUCGAUAUGCAACUGGCAAGGCCUACGUGGUAAGGACUUCAUCGUUUCAAAUGGGGGAUUUUUUCUGACCCUGGUAGCGAACAUCCUGCGCGAUACAAUCUUCCUCGAUGGCGGGCAGCUAUGGUAUCAAAGAGGUUUUGAUGACGGUUGCGUUGGACUUAACCCGGAUAACAAUGUUGAAUCCACCAUCCAGUACCUGAACCUUACCACUUCUUUCAACACUACAUCGGAUUUCAUGCAAAUCCUCAACAAUAUGUCCGUCGUUGGUGGUGUUGCUAGCAUAGCUCCGACUUACGUUGAUGGCACGAUGCUUGCCAAUGACAACGAGUUUUAUCUCUAUGGCGGCAUGCUUCCUAACACUGGGAGUUCCGAUCCUCCCCCAGCUAAUCAAGUCCUGUCGUAUGCCGCGCACCAGUAUGGCACUUAUAGAGCCUCGUGGGCGGCAGGCUGGAACCAAGAAUAUCUCCCUACAAAUGUCACACGGUAUAUCACCAAUGGAGCUGCCGCGUCCGCGCCCAGCGAGAACCUAGGAUUUUACUUCAGUGGGAUGCGUGCGCAGGACUGGGGCGACUUCGAUAUAAGCCAGCUUCAAUCCAACCAAACAGCCGACACGCUAAUCACUCUGGACAUGUCGGUGCUACGUGAUGCGAAGUGGACAAACGACACCCUGCCGAGCUAUAUCCCUGCUCGUUCCAAUGCGGAACUGGUCUGGGUACCUGUAUCAGAGUCCGGAGUUUUAGUGGCCAUUGGCGGAGUGAUUGAUCCCAUUCAGUUUUUCUGGCAUGGAAAAGCAAACACAUCACGGACAGCAGAAAGCAAAAGGAUUAGCCCAACGUUUAUGGAGACGGUCUCUGUCUUCGAUGUCGCGAGUAAAACCUGGUAUCUCCAGAAAACGAAGGGUGAUACACCGCCACAGUUGACGGAGUUCUGCUCUGUGCUUGCAAGUGCGGCAGAUGGGUCAUCUCAUAAUAUCUACAUCUAUGGGGGGUAUGACGGUCUCAACUAUAACGCCAAUCCAUCGGACGACGUGUAUAUAUUGUCUUUGCCUUCCUUCGAGUGGUUCAAAGCAUACAACGGUACAAAUACGCACAGUCGCAGUGGCCACCGAUGCAUCAAGGUGUACCCUGAUCAAAUGCUGGCAGUCGGAGGUCAACAUGUCGAUUCGACUCGGUGCUUGGAGGGCGGUGUCAUUGUCAACUUCAAUCUCAACACCCUGAAAUUUGAGGAUGAAUAUGAUCCCACACAUUGGAGCCCGUAUCAAGUACCAGAUCUCGUGACGAAACAUAUAGGUGGCAACUCUGAUGGAGGUGCAACCAGCACUGCCCCAUCGUCAUGGACCAACAGCUCUCUGGCGGCCGCUUUUGGCAAGAAGUACGGCAAGACUGUUGAGACAUAUUGGCCGUACAAUAUCACAAGCAACAAUACUAGCGCCAGUGGCUCCGCGGAAGAUCAUAACGGACGCAGCGGAUUCCCCAGCUGGGCUGGUGGAGUAAUCGGCGCGGUCUUGGGUCUGCUCACCAUUGCGGUCCUUGUCGGACUCUUCUUUCUUCGCCGACGUCACCGUCAACGCAAGGCUGCGGAAGCUGAAUCGGAAGCAACAGAGGCUAAAAGCAGGAACAGUCACCCGGAAUGGAUGUACUCGAGCGGUCCAGUCUCCCCUGGACCCGGGCCAGUAUCUGAAUCGACGGGUAGGGAGACCACGGAGACAGGGCACACAAUUCAAACAAUGCAGACCACGCCAACUCAGCGCUCAACAACACAACCAUCGAUGACGCAGGCUUCAACUAUACCAGAUUCCCUCAUCUCCCCAGCGACCCCUGGCACGGUGGAAUCUGGAGGAGGCGCACUAUAUGAGAUGCAUGACUCGUCACCCGUCGAACUCCCCACACCAUUUAACACCCCCUCCGUCACCCACAGUGCAUCUCCGAAACCUGAGCCAAACCCCGAUCCGAGACGAGGCUCCCAGUCUCCUGUCUCACCGCAAACUCCUAGUGAGACGGACUCGGAGUACUCAUAUCCAACAGGCCACAAUAGGCGCCCAUCCUCACUGUCAAUAGCAUCGCCAAUGUCGAUCGAAAACGUGAUGAGCGGUCGGUCGUCGCAUUUUUAUGAAUCUUUUGAUAGUUUAGACACCCGGCGGGCGGGCCAUCGAUCUCAAGUUUCUCAGAUGACCGAUCAUUCGGAAGAGAAGGGGUGGAAAGGGGGUAGCGCGACGAUUCGGGAGGAUGAAUAG